GGGGAACAGCUGUUCGAUUGCUGCUCAUGUAAUCCGAAGUAGAGGCUACUCCUCGUUGCUACUUUAUAAAAUCAGAUUCAAGACUUAAAAAUGUUCCGCCGUCUCACACAAAUCAGUGCCAAGCAACUGGCACGCACUCAGUCCACUGCUGCGACAGGUGCCGCAAAAGAGAAAUGGGAUCUGUAUGCUGGCGUGCUUGUCGAACGAUUGCCGGUGGUGUCCAAAACACUGAAUCCCCUGGAGCGACGGUUUCAGGAUAUGUUAUUGAAUGUCGAGUAUGAGAACAGCUUGAAAUCGGAUCACGAGUUGAAGCACGAGCGAGAUCUGGUGCAGCUAGAGCAGAUUAAGCAAGGUAAAGUGCAGGUGGAUCUGGACGAAGGUGUGGCCAAGCAAACUGCUCAGGAUUUGAAAGAUGCUUACAUCGAGGAACUAAAGAAAUUCGAGGCAGCCCCACGUACCACACCUGACGAUGCGGCUAACAAAACCAGCUCCACAGAUCGCUGCCUGGAAGACACACUGUAUCUGCUGGUGCAGCAAAAGUUGGGACAACAGCAGCAUUUACUUCUGCCGCAAGGUCAGCGUCAGGAAGGUGAAACCAUGCGCCAGACAGCGGAGCGUGUUGUGCGUGAACAAUGCGGCAAUGACCUGAAGGUGCUGUUCUAUGGCAAUGCUCCAGUUGGCUUCCACAAGUACAAGUAUCCAAGCAAUCAGCGUGCCAACAGCGUUGGUGCCAAGGUCUUCUUCUUCCGGGCUUCUCUGCGAGCUGGCAAUGUACAAGCAGGGACAAAGGAUACGCCUGCUCUUCAAUACGAAUGGCUGCCCAAGGAGGCGCUCAGCCAGAAGCUGAAGAAUGCCGCCUAUGCGGAAAGCAUCAAUAAGUUUUUGAUCUAAUUUAAAUGUAUUUCUGUUGCGUCAUUUUCCUAGUUAAAUAAAAUCGAUUGAUUGCGAUGUUAAUCAAUAAUAAA